AUGAACAAACGACCUUCUGAUUCACCCGCCACAAAGGGCGGUUCCACCAAGAAGACCACCUUCUCUGCCUCCUCUGCACCCAAGCAACAGUCCUUGCUCUCCUGGGCAAAACCAAAGGCCGUUGCUGCCACCGACCCAACAGCAACAGGAACCGCUAACGGUGACGAGACCCCAGCCUCUGCGCCCCUCGUCCUGAAGGCCAAGCCCGAUAUCCUCAAGGGACUCUCGGAUGAAAAACGCGAGUUGCUCAGUCUUGAACAGGACACCAUCGACGCAACCUGGCUCAGGGCCCUUCAGUCCGAGUUCACCAAGUCCUACUUUAUCGAGCUCAAGAAGUUUUUGAAGCAAGAGGACGAAAACAAGCAGCAGGUCUUCCCACCAAAGAGCGACAUCUACAGCUGGUCGAGAUUCACUCCUCUGCCAAGCGUUCGCGUUGUCAUCCUUGGACAAGAUCCUUACCACGACGAUAACCAGGCUCACGGGUUGUGCUUCAGUGUCAAGAAACCCGUGCGCCCCCCACCCUCGCUCAAAAACAUGUUCAAGCUGCUCGAGACCGAUUACCCUGGAUUCGUCACCCCCAACCACGGGUACCUCGAGUCCUGGGCUCGCCAAGGAGUCUUGAUGGUCAACGCGGCCAUGACUGUCCGUGCCCACGCCGCCAAUUCACACAAGGGCAAAGGAUGGGAAAAGUUGUUGGAUGCGGUUAUCAAGACAAUCAGCGAUCAGCGCAGGAACGUCGUGUUUUUGUUGUGGGGUAAAGAUGCACAGAACCGGGGCACACUUGUCGACAAGAAAAAGCAUUUGGUGUUGCAGAGCGUUCACCCUUCACCAUUGAGCGCCCAUCGUGGAUUCUUUGACAGCCAGCAUUUCUCCAAAGCCAACAAGUAUCUGGAGGAGAAUGGUCAAACACCCAUCAACUGGAACAGUCUUGUCGAUGAUUGCUCUUAG